AUGACAAUCCUAAGUAAUUUUGUAAGGAUAAAUAAUUUGUUAAAACCUUUAAUAAAGUCAGACAGAGUGUUGAUAUUGGCACGACGGACUCUUAGUUCUCAUGGAAAUUUCGACUAUGAUUUGGCGGUUAUUGGUGGUGGUUCGGGAGGUCUUGCUUGUGCAAAGGAGGCUGUGAACCUGGGUGCGAAGGUAGCAGUGUUAGACUAUGUGACACCCUCGCCGCAGGGCACCAAGUGGGGACUUGGUGGCACCUGUGUCAAUGUAGGCUGCAUACCCAAGAAACUGAUGCACCAGGCAGCACUACUGGGAGAAAGCAUUCAUGAAGCCGUGUCUUACGGCUGGGAGGUACCCUGCCACGAAAAAAUCAAAAUCAACUGGGGAUCACUCACAGAAUCUGUACAGAACCACAUUAAAUCCGUGAACUGGGUAACCAGGGUUGACCUUAGGGAUAAGAAAAUCGAAUAUAUCAAUGGUUUGGGAGAGUUUAAGGAUGCGCACACGAUUAUUGCCACGAUGAAGAAUGGGUCGAAGAAGGAACUGACGGCGAAGAACAUAGUAAUCGCUGUGGGCGGGCGACCACAGUACCCUGACAUUCCCGGGGCCAUGGAGUACUGCAUCAGCAGCGAUGACAUCUUCAGCCUCAGCCACCCACCCGGCAAGACGCUGGUCGUAGGCGCUGGAUACAUUGGUUUGGAAUGCGCGGGUUUCUUGAACUCAAUGGGCUACCCGGCGACGGUGCUGGUGCGCUCAGUGCCGCUGCGUGGCUUCGACCAACAGAUGGCGCGCAUGGUCACCAACGAGAUGGAAGAGAGGGGCGUCAAAUUUGAGCAUAAGUGUGUCCCGCUCUCCGUGGAGAAACUCGAGUCCGGACAGCUCAAGGCUCGCUGGCUGAACACAGAACUGCAGGAACAAUGCGAGGAUGUAUUCGACACAGUAUUGCUCGCCACCGGACGAUAUGCUCUCACCAAACAACUUAACCUGGACGCCGCCGGAGUUAGCUGCGUGUCAUCAAACGGUAAAAUAGCAGCGGAGACUGAGCAGACGAACGUGCCGAACAUCUACGCGGUGGGCGACGUGCUGGAGGGCCGGCCCGAGCUGACGCCCGUGGCCAUCCACGCCGGCCGCCUGCUGGCGCGCCGCAUGUUCGCCGCCGCCGCGCAGCACAUGGACUACGACAACGUCGCCACCACCGUCUUCACGCCGCUCGAGUACGGCUGCGUCGGACUCAGCGAGGAAGCCGCUACCACCAGAUACGGAGCAGACAACCUGGAGAUAUACCACGCUUACUACAAGCCGACGGAGUUCUUCAUCCCGCAGCGUAACAUCAAGAACUGCUACCUGAAAGCGGUGGCGUUGCGCGAGGCGCCGCAGAAGAUCCUCGGCCUUCACUUCGUCGGGCCCGUCGCUGGAGAGGUCAUACAGGGAUUCGCCGCCGCUAUCAAAUGCGGCAUUACAAUGGAGCAGCUGAUAGGCACGGUGGGCAUCCACCCGACGGUGGCGGAGGAGUUCACGCGCCUCAACAUCACCAAGCGCUCCGGCCGCGACCCCAACCCCGCCUCCUGCUGCAGCUAG